AUGGGGCCAUCACAGUCUACACACAAGUCAGAUGACUCUCACGGACAAGAGUUUGUUCUCCCGCCCUUCACUCGUGACCUUACUACCCCCAAGCCAGAGGCCAAGAGAUGGGUCGAAGAUGGCAUCGUUUGGUGCUACGCCUUCAACCAUGCCGAAGGAGAACGCUGUUUUGAAAGGGCUAUUGAGAUUGACCCCGAAUGUUGCCUCGCAUAUUGGGGCCUUGCCUUUGCUCUUGGUCCCAACUACAACAAGCCAUGGAAAGCAUUCGACCGGAACGAUCUCAAGCACACCACUUUGAAAGGCCUUGAAGCCUGCCAAAAUGCUGAAGCUCUAGCCUCAAAAGCGAGCCCCAUUGAACGAGCACUUGCUGGUGCCAUUCGACAUCGCUAUCCCAAAGAUGAGAACGACACGAAUCAUGCCAGGAGUUGGAACAGUGCCUACGCGGAAGCUAUGAAACCUGUUUAUGAAGAGUUCAAAGAUGAUCUCGACAUCGCAACCCUGUACGCUGAUGCACUCAUGAAUCUCACGCCAUGGGCUCUGUGGGACGUCCGAACAGGGAAGCCUGCGCCCGGUUCUGAGGUUCUAGAGACUCAAGAAGUUCUUGAAAGAGGUCUAGCUCAGGAAGGCGGAUAUGAACAUAUCGGACUCUUGCAUGCCUACAUUCACGUCACCGAAAUGUCAACCGAGCCUGAAAAGGGUCUUCUUGCAGCCGAACAUCUUCGCAGAUUGGCAAAUGAAGCAGGCCACCUGGCUCACAUGCCUUCGCAUCUCGACAUCCUCAUCGGAGACUAUCGGCGUGCCAUCUCUGCUAAUGCAAAAGCUGUCAUAGCUGAUGAGAAAUUUGUAUCCCUUCGGGGCGGUGGCGACUUCUACACCAUAUACCGUAUGCAUGACUACCACUCACUCAUCUACGCCGCCAUGUUUGCUGGCCAGUACGGUGUCUCGAUCAAAGCAGUGAACCAAAUGGAAGUGGCUAUUCCAGACCAAGAUUUACGAAUUGAGUCGCCCCCGAUGGCAGAUUGGCUAGAAACCUUCCGAUCAGUUCGUCCACAUAUCCUCAUCCGCUUUGGAAAAUGGGAGGAAAUCAUUGACAUGCCACUUCCUGUGGACCAGAAACUGCUCUGCGUGACCACCGCGACGAUUCACUAUGCCAAGGGUGUUGCUUAUGCGGCGCUGGGAAAUGUUGAAGAGUCAGCUAAGCAACGAGAACUCUUCAUUGCUGCCAAAGCUCGUGUGCCGCCAACUCGUACACAGUACCCUAAUAAGUGCCUUGAUGUCCUAGCUGUGGCUGAGGCCAUGCUCGAUGGCGAGCUUGAGUACCGACGGGGCAACAUUGAGCUUGCCUUUGAGCAUCUCCGAAAGUCAAUCGAUCUCGAUGAUGGUCUGCGAUACGCUGAGCCGUGGGCAUGGAUGCAACCCGCCCGUCAUGCGUACGCCGCUCUCCUCAUGGAACAAGGCCGCAUCGAAGAAGCUGCUGAAGUAUAUCGCACCGACCUCGGGUUGAACAACAAGCUAUUCAGGGCAAGACAUCACCCUAACAAUGUCUGGGCCCUCCACGGCUAUCACGAGUGUGCAGUGAAGCUGGGACUCGACGGCGAGGCGCGGAUCAUAAAGCAGCAGCUUAAGACGGCUAUGGCUUUUGUGGAUGUGCCUAUCGAGUCGUCAUGUUAUUGCAGACGGGAUGUUGAGAAUCCUGUUGGAUGUUGUCGUUUGUGA